AUGUCCUUCCGAUACACCCUUAGCAGUCCCAGUACGCUUCGGCUUUGUGUAAUCUGCGGGCUGUCUCCUAGCGAUGGGAUCAAACUCAUGAAGUGCAACGGGUGCGUCGACCCUCCAACAUACUGCAGUAAGGAGUGCCAGAAAGCCCAUUGGCCGACGCACAAAGCCUCCUGCCAAUACAUCAGCAACAAGCGGAUGCUUGCGAACAGACCUUGUUCUCUACCUGAUGAGUUACACGGCUUCGCCACCCUCCAGGACCUGACGCAGGCUUUCAGCGACUACCUCUCCGCACACGAAUGGGCGCUCGAGACUGUGACCAAGAUCUCUACUCUCCUUCGAUUCAAAUUCGGUCGCCGUGAGCAGCCCGACAACGCCGUCCUCCGCUUCAGAUUCUCCCGUUCCUCCCCUGCGGGCAACCCUAAUGGCAACCCCGCAUGCACAUUCACGUUCCUCCGCACCGAAUGGCUCGACGAAACCGAUCCGCGAAAGAUUGACAUCCUCACCGCCUCCCGCGCGAACGGCCUCGCGCAGUUCAGGCGGUCUUGCCCCCCCAUCGUCCGUUCCCCCGAUGGUGCCGUCCUCGCUCUGUUCACGCUGGACGGGAGCGUUCACAACUCGCUCCAGUCAUUCCCGUGGUACCGUCCCGAUCCGGGAGGGAUCGCUUCGCUAGGCAGUCAUCUCGACCUUCCCCUCGAAGAGCUUACGAAAAUCUGUCUUCGCAGCCUCAACACGGAGCUACCAUUCCGCGCCCCAUCCGAAGGCGUCGGUCAGUUACAACUCCCGGUCCCUGGACGCUACAAGCGCAUCCGCAAGCAAUGGGUUUGGGAGCCGCUGUUCACAGACUGGGUCGACUACAUCGAAGGGCGCACGCAGUGCAGUCCCUUGGUUGUACUGGAAGGAUUGACGAUGAAGCCACCUCCACAAGACUUGAUGUUGUUGUAUUAUAACAUCUGA